UUGAAUUAAUUAUUAUACGUACGUACUUACGUAGUAGUAAGGUGGUCUUACGACGACUUGACCUUGCGCGUGUGUAAGGCAACUGUAAUAUGCAAAUGAUCGGUGAGAACAUUGAGAGAUUGUUUGUUCAACGAAUAAAUGUUAAGCUCACAAUGAUCACAAUUGUUUAGCUGCGAACUUUAAACUACCUACUACGUACUCCUGCGACCAAGUCAUGACCCAAGUACUGGACUAGGGGUGUGGUCCGUGCGCUAAGCGUCGACUUGCCCCUCCACGAUUGACGGCAACCCGUUUGAAGCAGCACAGCAUCAUUCUGAGCAUCCACAAAGCGAUCUUACAUACACUAUCUCUCGCCAAGCUUGGCAUUCGGGCAUACUACCACCUUCAAAUCACUUGACAUCAUUUGAUUUUCGACAUCUCUACGGACGACAGACCCUUACCGCUUCUUCGCCAGCCAACAUGGGUAACACACCCAGCUCCGUCCUCGACAGCAUAGUCGAGGGCUCCAACUUUGACAGGGAAGAGGUUGACCGCUUGCGAAAGCGAUUCGAGAAGCUUGACAGGGAUAACUCCGGCACGAUCGAGCGCGACGAGUUCCUCAGUCUUCCUCAGAUAUCCUCGAAUCCUCUUGCAACACGGAUGAUUGCCAUCUUCGACGAAGAUGGUGGCGGCGAUGUGGACUUUGAAGAGUUCGUUAAGGGACUCAGUGCCUUCAGCAACAAGGGAAACAAGGAACAGAAGCUGCGGUUCGCGUUCAAGGUCUACGACAUUGACCGUGACGGCUACAUCAGCAACGGCGAGCUCUUCAUCGUGCUCAAGAUGAUGGUUGGCAGCAACCUCAAGGACCAGCAGCUGCAGCAGAUUGUUGACAAGACGAUAAUGGAGGCCGACAUGGACAAAGACGGCAAAGUCAGCUUCGAGGAGUUCACCAAGAUGGUAGAGAACACUGAUGUCAGCAUGAGUUUGACUCUCGAUCAGUUCUAGAUUACAAGCGAAAUGAUGUUCUUUCGACACUGGCUUUGAGCCAUCUUGCGCAUAGCACGACUUUGUGCGGAAGAUACUGCUCACCGCGUCGAGAUCACCUGCGCAUAAGUUGAAGAAAUGCGCGAACACGGACCGACUGCAACUCGAUAAAUUCCAUCAGCAGACUGAAGAUGCGUACUGCG